CGUCACCCACACCCUCCCGGCCUCCCCAUGGCCUCCUGGCUCCUCGGCUGGCUCCUGUUGCCCUGGACCCUGCGGCUGGCAGGAGGACAGUCAGUGACCCACACCGGCCUGCCCAUCGUGGUCUCCCUGGCCAACAGGGCCGUCUCCUUCAGCUGCAGAAUCACCUACCCAUACACCCCAGAAUUCAAAGACUUCACAGUCCGCUACUUUCACGAAGAUCUCCAGGGCCGGAGGAGCUCUGAGGAGCAGACUAGCUGCAGACCUGACCUGGGCACAGAGAACCAGACCUCCACCUUGGAGUGCCAGGUCACCCCCAGGCUGCGGAACUCAUCAGCCACUGGCACCUACUACUGCUCUGUCCACUGGCCACGCUCCACAGUGAGCGGCAAUGGCACCUUCAUCCUGGUCAGAGACACGGGGUACCGAGAGCCCCCCCACGGGCCCCAGAAGGCCCUGCUCUUCGGCUUCACCGGCCUCCUGACCGUCCUCAGCGUCCUGGGCACAGCUCUGCUGCUCUGGAGAAAGAAACGGAUGCAGGUCCCAGGGAAGCCACCCAGCAAGCAGUGCCCAGAUCCCAGAUCUGCCAGCGGCCCCACGCAGCCCCCGGCAGAGUCCGUCUACACGGCCCUGCAGCGCCAAGAGACCGAGGUCUACGCGUGCCUCGAGAGCGAGGAUGGCAGCCCACCCUCCCAGGAGAAACUGCAUAGACCUGAGGAUGACAGUGAAUUGAACCUGGUCUAUGAAAACCUCUAGGAUGGCUGUGCUGCCCGAGGACCUAUUCCUGGAUCAGAGGCCCGGCCAGCCUCUUCCUCCGAAGGACUUGACCUGACCCAGGAGUAAGGCCCCAGGGGCCCCCCAUACCUCACCCUCGCACUCAAGGCCCUUCCUGCCCCAUUCAAGGACCUCGGUCAGCCACACUCCCCCCACCUGUGCCCCGGCCACCGAGUGAUUCCUGUCUUUGGCCUUUGCCCAGGCUGUUCCCGCCCGGUGGGCCCCUCCUCACCUGGCCCAGCCUGCGAAGUGCUACUCAGUCUCCAAGGGCUUGCUCGGACGCCGCCCAUUCCGGGAGCCCUCCGCACCCCCUCACACCCCACAGAGGGGUGCAUGUGGCUCCCUUGGUGCCAGCCUGUGCCAGGAAGGGCCCCUGCCUGGUGGAGUGGAGAGUGGAGAGUAACUGCUCAGCUGGGCCAAAGGCAUGAGGCGGCCACCAGAGGGGAGCAGGCGUGGCAUGGGAGCAUGGGGUGUGGGCAAGGAGGAUGAACCUCACAGAGGUGGGACUAGGCUUAGGGACAGAUCUGGAGGCCUAGGAGGUGGCUGAUGGUGGUCGGCAGGCUGGGCAGCAGCAGCAGGGAGGGGCCAGGUGCAUGCCGGUGAGGAGGAGACCUGGUUUGUUUGGGGCAGGGCAGAGGGAUCAGCACCGAACAGGAGCUGAGCGAACAGCUCGGCCCCCAUGGGCCUGGCCUCUAUGCUCGCUGUGCCCCUGCUCGUGGCCCUCUGCUCCCUGGGCCUGUCCCAUGGGGCCUCAGCUGCCCUUCCUUCCACCCCAAGGCCCAGGCCCCCAAAGUCCCCUCACCUGGCCUAUCCCGACACCACCACCUGGGGCCCCUCCAGUCCUCCUCUGUCUCUAUCUGCCUUAGGCCCCAUCCCUGGCCCCCUGUGGACUGAAGCCCCAGCGCCCUGAGGCCACCUCUCUCCAGUGUCUAGCUGUGUGGCUCAGUGCCCACGGGCAGAGGGCGGGUUCCCCCACGUGGGCACCCGUGGAGGGUGGCUCCUCAUCACCUGGCCCUGAGCCAUUUCUGCUGCCCUCAGCACCCACCACCCUCAUUUCCCCUCACAGGGCAGCCCCGCAGUGUCACUGGAAACCCAUCCCCAGGCAGCAGGGGUCGGUGUGGCCCUGGCCCGACUCUCAGCUCUGCUCCCACCUCCUCCCCUGCAUCCCGCCCUGGGCUUUCCCACUAUUGGUUCAUUUGUGAACUGGGCAAGUGAAUCCCUCCUCCCCACCUCCUGGGCUGCCCCAGAGGUCCCUCUGCUAGGGGGGACCAGGCGUCCCUGGGCCCACAGGACGGCCAGUGGCCUUCCGGCUUGGUUCUGGGCCCGGCCUUCAAGCACGCAGUGAGGAGGGCUCUUAGUGGGCUUGCCAGGGUGUGGCGAGGCCCGGCUCUCCAGGAAGCUGGGUUUUAGUGAACUCCGUGCUGCUCAGGAAGGCGAAGCUGCCAUGCACAGCUGCUCCCCAGCUCCCGGCUCCAGCAGCCUUAGGUGGGGCCCGGAUUGGGGCGAGAGACAGCGCAGUGGGCCUCCCCUGGGGAAGCCGAAGCCAGCAAGCCCUGGGCCUCUCUGCCCUCAGCCCCUAGACCCCAGACCCUCUGCUGGGACUCAGCCUUUUCCAGGAGUAGUGAGGGGCCCUGGUGCGGACGUCGCUGCCAUGCCCUGGCCUGGGCCCCACCGUCUCUUCACAGAGCGGCCGAGGGAUCUGGACAGGACCACACCUGAUCUUGCCCCUCCUCCACCACAUACCUUGCAUGGUUCCCACGACACUUGGAAUAAAGUCGCGGCUCCUCCCUGUGGCCUAUGAGACCCCUGGGCACUGACCCAUCACCCCUCUGGUGGACAUUGCUGGAGUCCACCAGGAGCUGAGGUCUUCGAUGAGGGAGGAGAGAGGCAGGAAGGAGGAGGAGGGUGCAGGGCGGAAGGCAGGGCCCUAAGAGGGCUGUGACACCAGGGAGGGUAGAGGAAGAACGUUCUGGGACCCCCAGUGAGCAGCAAAGAAGACUGAACACCUGUUCCCAGCCCCUGCAGAGAUGAGCUGGCACGGGGGCAAGGGGUGGCAGGUAAAUUCAGGGUAGGGGUGCAGGAGGCAGGGGGGAGGAGGAGAAAAGGGGCCGGAGAGGGCCAUGAAGCGAGCUCCCUGAGGGCUCUGCAUGGGUGGGGCAGAGAAGGGAGACAGCUGCCCUUGGGCACCAGCUCCACCCCCCAGCAGCAAGUCGCUGCCCACUCAAGCCUUGGCUUCCAGUGACAAUCAAGACCACUCAGUGUCUCAGAGAGGACAGAUGGGGCCUCCCUGGCCCACAGGGAGGCUCAGCGGGUGCGUUUCCUUCAAGAUCCAUCCUUUAGGAGAAACAGGCUGCAGGGGCAGUGGGAAGGGUGUCUGCUAAGUGAGGGGCAGGCGUCCCUGGGAGGUGGGGCCCCGGGCGGGCUCUGCAGCCACCGGCACAAGAAGCACCUGGGAAGCAGCAUGCUCGGGUGGGCAGGUCAGGGCUGCCCAGGGCUGGGGUAGGAGCAGGGCAAGCAGAGAGGUGAG